AAUUUUUUUUCGUACAUUUGUUGCUACUGUGCUGGGAAUUUUUCUUCAGAUAUUCUGCGGUCACACAAGGAAGAAGUUUUUAUUAGUUUUCAUCGUACACGUUUUUAUUAAAUAUGGUGGACGAACAGUUAUCUGGAGCGUUGCGAGAUUUGCCAGGCAAAGUUCUCAAUGUGCCUGUUGAGGAACGACAACAUAUAUUCCGAAAUGUAUCGUCAGUUCUUAGAAAUCCCGGUAUAAAUUCAUCAAUAGUUCGAGGCAUCUGCAAAGUAAUUGGAACUACUAUUACAAAAUAUAAGGACCUUGCAUCGCAACGAAUAGUUAGAGAACUUAUUGUCGACCUUGCAACAGUUCACCAUGAUUUAACGAUUGAACAUAUGUUAAACGUAUUUAAAGCACUUUUAUUUAAAGAGUUCGCUACUACUUCCCAUCAAAAAUCUUGUAAAUCGGCCGUUAUAGCAUUGGGAUGGAUAUGCUUACUACAGAAACAAGCAGACCACAAUUCUAAUAUUUUUAAAACUGAAAAAACAAAAAUAAUUGAAUAUCAGUCGCUAUUCUAUCAAAUUACUCUAUUAUCUUCAAACCAAAAAAUUGCAGAAGCAAGAACAAAAAUAUUGUAUGAGUUAUGGGAUAAUACUACAAUUUUUGACGAAACCUUAGACAUAAUAUUUCAGCUGGAAGCAACUAGCAAUGUUACUAUUAUGUUUAUGGCCAUGAUUCAAUUUGAAUCAAAAAGCAAUAAGUCAGUUAUAUUAAAAAAAUAUACCGAAAAACUAUCGGAAUACUUCGUUAAGAGUAUGAUUUCAUGCAAACACAAGCCUGAUAAGUCGUUCAUUCUAGCCUGCAGUCCAUUAUUGGAAUCGCUCACCGAAUCUGAAUUUGAUUCAUAUAUAUAUCCCUCUUUGCAAAGGUCGAUAUUACGAAGCCCUGAAAAUACACUUGAAAGUAUUGGAUUAAUUUUUGAUAUGUUAAACUUUGAUUGCAGCCGUUAUGCUCAAAAAGUUGGAAAAGUUCUAAUACAAAAUUUAUACAGUAAAGGCGACAUCGCUCGGCGAGAGUCACUUGAAUCCUUAAAGCUUUUAUCCACCAAAUGCUCUGAUUGGAAAAUUGUAAAAGAGCUAUUAGAACACAUUUUCUCUGUGCUAAAUGGAUCCGAUGGAAAAAUUAAUGUCAUUGAAUAUAGACUAAACAUCUUACAGGGAGCUGGCUUUUUAAGCUUUAACAACAUAGAUCAAGACCAUUUGCCAAACAUUUUAAAUGAAGCUGUUACCCUGUUUUGGAAAGUGCUGGAGUGUGAAACGCAGGAAAAAGUAAUUUGCUGCACGUUAGAUAUGUUCGCCCUGUGGACACAAAAAUUUAGGAACGAAUUACCAAGUGUGAUUAUAAAUAUCUUCAAAACUGGAAUUCGGCUGAAAAACACAAAUCAAAUAAUUCGACAAAGUUAUCUCGAAUGGCUUCUUAUAUCCAUACAAUAUACCGAGACUAAUAACCAUAGUGUUAUUAUCCCAGAUCUUAUUUCGUAUUAUACUAAAGCUCUGCAAAACUCAUCACAAUUAUGUAAUUUGUCUGAGGCAACCUGCAUUGCCUGUAUAAUGCUUAUUUUAGAAAAGCCAUCUGAAAAUUAUAAUUAUUUUUGGACCACAGUGUUCGAUAUGAACAAAAAAUAUUUCUUUAAUGAAAAAUUUACUGCUAUUGCUCCGACUGAAACCUUAUGCAAUAUAUCCUUAAUGACAAGAAUAUUGCUAAAUUCGUAUCCAGAAAAAAUUAAAGGAGAGUUGGAACCAUUAGUUCGCACGUUAGUUUAUAACUUAUGUAGCAAUUCAGUAACAGUUCGAAAAUAUACUACUGAUGAGGUAAAAAACAUAUUAAUUGCUUUAAACGGAAUAGAGUUCGUAAAGUUAGCUUUGUCUGAAUUUGGUAAACGCAUUAAUUUAGUCAACAUUCAAAAUGAUGGAGAGAAUUCAAUUGACCAAUUCGGAACUCCUACACAAGCGUAUGCAGACGCGCUACUAUCUUUGACCACUUUAAAAAAUAUUUCGUAUGACGAAUCAAUGGAUAUUGCCAUGGAUCUAUUGCCAUUAUCAAAUCAUCCUGUAAUUGUAUUGAAUGACCCUUACUUUUGGGAAACAACCAUCCAGAUACAAUUUAAUUUGGAUCCUAAACAUUUUAUAUUAACGAAAAAUGAUGAAAUAGUUAAUAAAUACAUCAACCAUUUUAUAAGUAGUGCACAAUACGAGAAUAUUAUAUCAGCAUUGGUUCGAAUUUGUCCAAAUCUUAUUGUACCAACAGUUGUACAUAAUUUUAAAACCUAUCUUUGCAACUCUACGAAUUAUCAUGCUUCCAAAGAGGAAUAUUUGACAUUUUUAACACCAGAAGGUGAGUUGUAUGAUAAAAGUGUAGUACCUCAUGUAGACUCACAAUACGAAACCGUUCGUAUUAAAAGAGAAAAUAAAGUUUACAGCUACAAGGAACAAUUAGAAGAGAUUCAACUUCGUCGCGAAAUUGAUGAAAAACGAGCCAAAGAAGGAAAAUUGAAAACUACUAGGUAUACUCAAAAGCAAGAAGAACAAAUUAAAAAUCAAAUGGAAAAAGAAUUGAGAGUGAAGUUAAGGAUUCAAAACCUUUAUGAAAAACUAAUUUGCAAAAUAAACCUGCUAAAAGCAUCGUGUUCUGGAAACGGAGAACAAAUUGCAAAACAUUUUCAUGCUAUAUUGGACGAUAUUUUGCAAGCUUCGAAAAGCCCUUUAAGUUCAGAUGUUCUUACAGAUCUUUAUUUAUUCUUGCGUAACCUAUGUUUUACUUUUAAGCCAAAGCUUGGACGUGACAUUGCAGUAGCGACAAUCAAGCUUCAAGGUCCAACAUGCAUUUUAAAAGAGGAAUAUGAAGCUUUAAAUAUAAACAAAGCUAUUAACGAUAUUAUAUUCGAUCUUGACAAUCAUGUGAAAUCCAACUUACUUGACCCGCCAUCAUUUUCUUUUGCUUUUGAGUUCUUAAAGCGUGCACUAAUAAUGUUAAAUAAAGAAUCGAAUGUUAAACUUAUUUCGAAAGGUAUUGAAAUAAUAUCUAUGCAUACAAAAGAUGCUGUUAACUGUAGCCCGCAAUUUAUGCCUAUAUUUGGAAUGUUUGAAAUUUUGUUAUAUCUUUUUGAAAAUAACAAAAAACUGUCUGCUCAAACUUCUUUGGCUAUCUUAGAAGUGGCAAAGUCUUCAAACAGUGCAAUUUUGUGUUCUAGCCCAGAUAACAAGAUUAUAAAUUUAUUUCUAAAAGCCCUGCAACAUAAUAAUGACUCUGUAAGAAAAAUUACCUUAAAAUCCUUGAAAAUAAUGGUAGAUGGAAUCGUCAAUCAUCUAAAAAUUGAUAAUAGUCUUGAAAAAACCAUUGUUAAUCGAUUUUGGAUAGCAAAAUAUGAUACAGAGGAAGAAAAUAGAGAACUGGCCAACUGCAUUUGGAAUAAUGCAAACUUCCCUUUACCCCUUUUCGAUGAUAUAAUUUUUGAUGUUACUCACCCCGAACUCUGUAUUCAAAAAUCAGCAUCAGAAUCCUUAAUGCCACUUCUAGCUAUUGAUGAAACAUUAAAAAAAUGCGUAUUAAAGAGAUUGUUUUCAAUUUACAAUGAAAAGCUGUCACUAAUACCUCCAGUAUUGGAUCAAUUUGACCGUGAAACUGAGCCCGCUACAGAUCAAUGGAAGCCUCGAAGGGGAGUUGCCAUUGCAUUCUCAACUAUCGCUCCAUUAUUAUCAAUUGAAGAUAUUAACAUUAUUAUGAAUUUUAUGGUAUCAAACGGGCUUGGUGACCGAGAAGAUAUCGUACAUAAAGAAAUGUUAGCAGCUGCAUUAAAGAUAGUUGAUUUACACGGAAAUAAAACAAUAGUAAAUUUAUUGCCUGUCUUUGAGGAUUUUCUAGAUAAAGCGCCAAAAUCUCAAAGUUAUGACAACAUUCGCCAAGCUGUUGUUAUUCUAAUGGGUUCCCUAGCGCGACAUUUGGAAAAAGAUGACAAGCGAAUUGAUCCAAUUGUUAAAAGAUUAUUAACAGCACUGUCUACUCCAUCACAACAAGUUCAGGAAGCGGUAUCAAACUGUCUGCCUCAUCUUAUGCCAUCCGUGAAAGAGGAGGCUCCCGCAAUGAUAAAAAAAUUGUUACACUCUUUGGCUAAGUCCGACAAAUAUGGCGAGAGACGUGGAGCUGCUUAUGGUAUCGCGGGCAUAGUUAAAGGUCUUGGUAUUUUAUCUCUAAAACAAUUAGACAUAAUGUCAAAGUUGACAACUUAUAUUCAAGAAAAAAAAAAUUAUAGAUCGAGAGAGGGAGCUUUGUUUGCUUUUGAAGUUUUGUGCACUACACUUGGUCGUUUAUUUGAACCGUAUAUAGUUCAUGUAUUGCCACAUUUGUUACAAUGCUUUGGUGAUCCCUCUCAAUAUGUAAGACAGGCAGCUGAUGACACAGCUAAGGUAGUUAUGGGCAAACUUUCCGCGCAUGGAGUAAAGCUAGUACUUCCGUCUCUUUUGGAAGCUCUUGACGAAGAUUCUUGGAGAACAAAAACAGCAUCAGUUGAAUUAUUAGGUGCAAUGGCAUUUUGUGCACCAAAACAACUUUCAUCUUGUCUUCCUAGUAUAGUGCCGAAACUAAUUGAAGUGUUGGGAGAUUCUCACACUAAAGUACAAGAAUCAGGUGCAGAGGCUCUAAAAGUCAUAGGGUCCGUUAUUAAAAAUCCUGAAAUUCAAGCUAUUGUUCCUGUGCUAUUGGAUGCAUUGGAGGAUCCCUCUAAUAAUACAUCUACUUGUCUGCAAAGUUUACUAAAAACUAAAUUUGUACAUUUCAUUGAUGCUCCGUCAUUAGCCUUAAUUAUGCCAGUGGUGCAACGUGCCUUUAUGGAUCGAUCCACUGAAACUAGAAAAAUGGCUGCGCAAAUAAUAGGAAAUAUGUAUUCUUUAACGGACCAAAAAGAUCUAGCACCAUACUUACCAAGUAUAAUACCUGGCUUAAAAUCAUCCUUAUUAGAUCCAGUCCCUGAAGUGCGUGCUGUAUCAGCUAGAGCGCUCGGAGCGAUGGUAAGAGGUAUGGGUGAAAGUUCAUUUGAAAAUUUAUUACCAUGGCUAAUGGAAACAUUAACGUCCGAGUCUAGCAGUGUCGAUCGCAGUGGAGCAGCCCAAGGCCUUUCCGAGGUUGUUGGGGGCCUUGGUGUUGAGAAAAUGCAUAAACUAAUGCCGGAAAUAAUUUUGACUGCAGAACGGGUUGACAUUGCUCCACAUGUGAAGGAUGGAUACAUAAUGAUGUUUAUAUACAUGCCUGGAGCAUUUCCUGAAGAAUUUACGCCAUAUAUCGGGCAAAUUAUUAAUCCAAUCCUAAAAGCUUUAGCAGAUGAAAGCGAAUUUGUUCGCGAUACUGCCCUAAAGGCAGGCCAGCGAAUUGUUAAUUUAUAUGCAGAAACUGCUGUGGCACUUUUACUUCCCGAGCUUGAAAAAGGAUUAUUUGAUGACAAUUGGCGAAUCAGAUAUAGUUCAGUUCAAUUGCUUGGAGACUUAUUAUAUCGUAUAUCUGGCGUAUCUGGAAAAAUGACAACAGAAACAGCAAGUGAAGACGAUAAUUUUGGUACCGAACAUUCUCACACUGCUAUUAUUCGGUUUUUAGGCGAUGAACGUAGAAAUAGAGUACUAUCAGGACUUUACAUGGGACGAAGCGAUGUUUCAUUAAUGGUCCGUCAAGCUGCAUUGCAUGUUUGGAAAGUGGUUGUGACAAAUACACCGAGGACUCUGCGCGAGAUUCUACCAACAUUAUUUGGUUUACUACUAGGGUGUUUGGCUAGCACAAGUUAUGAUAAGAGACAAGUUGCAGCGCGAACUUUAGGGGAUCUGGUUAGAAAACUAGGGGAACGAGUUUUACCAGAAAUUAUUCCUAUCCUGGAAAAUGGUUUAAACUCUGACCACCCUGAUCAACGCCAAGGAGUCUGCAUUGGCCUCUCUGAAAUAAUGGGCUCUACAUCAAAAGAAAUGGUACUUACAUUUGUACACAGUCUGGUUCCUACUGUCCGCAAGGCUUUGUGCGAUCCGUUGCCCGAAGUUCGAGAAGCAGCAGCAAAAACCUUUGAAUCCUUACAUAGCACAGUGGGGUCACGAGCGUUAGAUGAUAUUCUACCAUUUAUGCUAGAAGGUCUGUCAGACCCAGACCCCUCUGUUGCUGAGAAUACUUUGGAUGGACUCAGGCAGGUAAUGACUAUUAAAUCAAGAGUAGUAUUGCCAUAUCUUGUGCCACAAUUAACUUCCCCACCAGUAAAUACAAAAGCAUUAUCUAUUCUUGUAUCUGUCGCUGGUGAAGCGUUAACUAAAUACCUUCCAAAGAUUUUAUCUGCAUUAUUAGAGGCUCUAUCAGGAGCCUACGGCUCUCCGAAUGAACUACAGGAGAUCGAUUAUUGCCAAACGGUUAUAUUGUCAGUAACAGAUGAAAUUGGAAUUAGAACCAUAAUGGAUACGUUACUUAUUUCAGCAAAUUCUUCUGACCUAUGCACUCGUAAGUCCUCAGCUAGUUUACUAUCUGCAUUUUGUAUUCAUUCACCAGGAAAUUAUUCGCAAUACAUUCCUCAACUUUUAAGAUGCUUACUUAAACUGUUGGUUGAAAACGAUAAAGAAAUAUUACAGAAAUCUUGGGAGGCUCUCAAUGCUGUAAUCAAAGGCUUGAACCCCGCCCAGCAAAUCUCUCACGUUUCUGAUGUUCGGCAGGCAGUUAGGUUUGCAGCAAGCGAACUAAAAGGACCGGAGCUUCCAGGAUUCUGUUUGCCAAAAGGAAUUACCCCGUUGUUACCUGUAUUUCGAGAAGCUAUUUUAAAUGGAUUGCCAGAAGAAAAAGAAAAUGCAGCACAGGGACUGGGUGAAGUUAUUUUUCUAACUAACGCACACUCCUUGCAGCCUUCUGUGGUACAUAUAACGGGUCCAUUGAUUCGAAUACUAGGAGACCGUUUUAAUGCAGCAGUUAAGGCCGCUGUAUUGGAAACUUUGUCAAUUUUGCUUCAUAAAGUUGGUGUUCUAUUAAAACAGUUUUUACCACAACUUCAGACCACAUUUCUUAAAGCGUUGCAUGAUCAAAACCGAAAUGUAAGAAUGAAAGCUGGAAAAGCUUUGUCUGAACUAGUAGCAAUUCACACUAGAGCAGAUCCACUAUUUAAUGAAAUUCAUAAUGGAAUAAAAAAUUCCGAUGAUUCUUCUGUUAGAGAAACAAUGCUCCAUGCUCUUCGGAGUAUAGUGAGUCGAUCUGGAGAAAAAAUGUCUGAACUAAUAAAAAAACAAAUUUAUGUCACCUUAUUAAAUAUGAUCGGCUAUCACGAAGAUGUCACUCGAAAUGCUGUCGGUGGAUGCUUGGGGGCAAUGCUAAAGUAUAUAGCGCCUGGACAAGUAAAUGAUUUAUUGAAUAAUUUAAUACUUACGGAUAGCACAGACGAUCCAAUAUUAAAGCAUGGAUACACAAUAGUUUUGUUUGUAGCUUUAAAAGAAUGUCCCAACGAAGUACUUACUUCAAAUCUGCAGGAAAAGAUUACAUCUUAUGUUUUGGUCAAUAUUUCAUCAGACAGAGUGCCAAUUGCUUGCAAUGCAAUACGAGCUGCCACAUACUUUUUGGAGCACAUUCUCAUCAAUAAUUAUGAACUUCCCCUUACUGUUGUAGUCGCACUAGCUAGAGCUAUGAAUCAUUCUAGUAACGAUGUUAAGCAGUUGGUUGCAAAAUGUUGUACACAUCUUUCUAAAAGUUUGACAGCUGAUCAAAUUAAUCUUGAAGUUUUAAAAUAUUUAGUGCCGAUGCUUGUAAAUGGUACAAAGGAAAAGAAUGGAUACGUAAAAUCAAAUUCAGAAAUAGCAUUAAUUUCCAUUUUAAGGUUAAGAACUAACGACUCAACCUAUUCAAAAAUUUCAAAUUUCUUAGAAACUGGAGCUAGGGAUUCAUUAAUCGAAGUAGUAACAAAAGUUUUAAAACGUACAACACCGCAAUCCGUUAUAAAAGAAGAAGAACUAGAUGAUACACUACAGUCCUAAACUUCCUUUUUCAAAACAAUAAUAUGAUCUAUUAAACAUGCUGCUGUAUUUUAUACUUUUUGUAAAUAAAGAAAUUCAUACAA